AAUUAGAAAAAUGGUCUAGGUUUGAUUAACAAAUUCCAAAACGUUAGCAAAGGAAGAGUGAUUGAGUCGGCAGUCUGCAAGCAAAAGAUGAGCAGUCGGCGAGGGCCACCGAAGCACCAAAACAGUUACGCCUGGAAGCCAAACGCCGGUGUUAAAAUCAACGAGAAGGAAGUUGGAGGGAAGCUAAGGCCUUACUCUGAAAUAACCGGAGUUUGCCCUCGAUGCAGAGAACAAAUCGAUUGGAAGCGUCGUUACGGUAAAUAUAAACCCCUAACGGAGCCUGCUAAAUGUCAGCUUUGCACCAAACGUAAUGUGCGCCAAGCCUAUCAUAAUCUUUGUUCUGGAUGUGCUAAGGAGCAAAAAGUAUGUGCAAAGUGUCGAUGUCGUGUUGAUCAAAUAGUUGGGAGGGAUUCUGCAGAUGUGGAGGAAGAGCAAAAGAUGCUUGAAGAGGCAAUUAAAAAUGCUCGAGAGAGGGAUAGAAGAACAUUGUUACGUGCUAUGAAUAAAAGUAGCUCUAAAAAUUCAUCAAAAAACACAGCUAACAAAGAAAAUGGUAGGGUGGGUGAAAUUUUCCCUUCUACAUCGCUUGAGGAAUAUGCCAAGCUUGGUAGAAAAGAUGAUCAAUAUGACUCCAAGAAUGAUUGCAUUGGUGACCACAAUGAUGAUGAAAAUGAUGAUCAAGAUGACAACGAAAAUGAUGGUCACGAUGAUGAUGAAAUUGAAGAUGGUGAGGAUGAUGACGACAAUGAAGAACCGAGUGUGAGCCGAUGAAUAACUGGGGAGAAGGAAUCUGCGCAUACAUCAGAAUCUCUAAUAUUAUCUAUUGACCUUUGCUCCAAGCCGGUUUCAUCUCGGCUAUCACUAUACUAGCAGGUUCUGUGUUAAGAUGCCCUUUUGAUUUCAACGAGUUCUUACAAUUUUCUCAUAAGAUAUGUAAACUUACUAGAAUGUAAUUGAUUGUGACGAUACUGCUUGCAUUUUC